CACCAUGCAGUUUCAGCUCCCGGACAGCUCCGUAAACAGCUGUGAUAGGUCUUCAGAUGGGAGAGGAAAAACAUGGCAGGCUACAUAUGAGACGGCCCGGCCUGCUGGAUAUUACCGGGAGCAUGGAUCCUUGUUUAGAGUCGUAAACCCCGACCGUUCGGGACAGGAGAUGUAAUUCUGUCAGCAUUUACCCGCGGCUCUAUGUGAGAGCGUAUUGUGCUUCUGGGUUGCUUUGUGCUUUUUUCUUACUUAGACUGCCUAAGUUCACUUUCAACCUUUUUGGAGCGCGCACUGCGAAUUCAGAGCCAGGUGAUGUUAUUUUCAGAUUCUGUUAUGUUAUCUUUCUCCGAUGAGAGACAUGCUGCGCUGCACCAAGCUGAUCAGAUGAUUCCUUGCUCUGUUCUUAAAAACUCAGGGUGCCAGGGUCCUCCUGAAUUCAGACCUUCCCUGUAGGCCCUUUCCUGCCACCCAGCAGCCAUGGAUCCCUUCCCAGAGUACCCUCUGUUUCUGGUCCAAAUCCUGGAGGAGCUGGACACCAAGCACAACAUGUCCUAUCAGGACCUGUGUAAAUCCCUGUGCACUCGCUUCGACCUAGUUCACCUGGCCAAACUCCGCAGCCUGCUUUUCUACAUGGCCUGCAUGGACCCUGCUUUCCCAGCAACACUCUUCAAGGACAAGAUGCGCUGCUCCAUGGAGGACCCACAGUCCAAGAAGAUCACGGUGGCAGCAGACAUUGUCACCAUGUUCAACUUAAUCCAGAUGAAUGGAGACAUAGCCAAAGAAAAGCUUCCCAUAGUGCAUAGAGUCAAGUUCCACCGUAACAAGUCAGCCGACCUGUACAGGUCUGACAGCGAGCACAUGGAUCGUUCCAGGGAUGGACACCCCCACCAUCACCAUCAUCACCAUCACCCCCAGCAGCGCCCUGUGCCUCAGGUUGCCUCUCCCUGUCCCAGAUCAUCUGAGUGCAACAUCUGUCAGAAGUUUACUCCUACCUCUGAUCCAAACUUCCUUCUGGGGGUCAGCAAGGAGUUGAAAUUUAGAACAGCCUCUUUGGACAAACUGCACCAUCUGCCCCAGUACUCUAGUGGCAGUCUGCCCUCUCCACCCUGUGAAAUGCAAAGCACCUACUUUCCCAUGGACAUCAACAGUGAGCCCAUGACUGACCAGGAGUGCCUGCAACACGUGGACAAUCCAGAACCAUUUUCUGUUCACUCCUGCAUCCAGAAGAGGAACAUCUUUAAGGAGGACUUUAACAACUUUGUGGCCUUCUCCCCACAGGUCAUCACCACUCAGUGCAAACAGGACAGUAAGGUGGCUGAUGGCUACCACAGAAGGGAGAUGCGCAAGCCUGCUACCUUCUUCAACCACAGCUUUGAACUGCCUUACACUAAUCCUUAUUUUGAGCCAACACUUAAUUCUCCUCUUCAGGACAGACAGAGGGUAAAACAUGAGAGCCUGGAUGACUUACAGGCAUCUACAUACUUUGGUCCAGCCACAGUUUCUGAUUGUAUUAGCAGUAGGAAGCACAAUAAUAAAGCAGGGAAGCAGCCAGCAUGGCCAGUGAAGAGCCUCAGUCUUAAUACAGAAGAUGGGCCUCCAGAGCUUGAGAGGUCAUUUCUGAAGAGCAAACCACUCCAAGAAAACCACCGCUGCACUAUUAACAUCAGCACUGACAAUGAGCAACAUUUUCAGAGUCCAAAGGAAAAGGUAGCAGCUUCUCCUUCUGGCUUUGCAAAGAUAACCAAGGAUGUGGCACGGAUUGCAAGUGGGCCUGUGGGUUUAGACCAAAGAGAGUCAACCAAAAGGAUUAGGGACAAAAAUAUGAACAGUUCAUCCUUUCAGGGAGGGGAAAGUUCCUCUAGUGUUGGGACUCAAACAGAGCAGGUUGAGCAGAGGAAGGGGACGCAAUACCCAGCUAAGCACAGUGACAGAGAAAGAUAUGGCUUCAAACAUUCUGAUGAGGACUCUGAGAUUGUUAGUGAUGACAUAAGUGACAUUUUUCGUUUUUUGGAUGAUAUGAGUGUUUGUGACUCUCUGGGAGUUGUCCAGUCAUCCUACUACAACAGUAACGGAUCUCUCUCUCAGGUAACGCUGAAGUCUGAAGGUGAGAGCUCUCCUGAACACAGCACGGUCAAACUUGCAAAGUCUAAACUGGACCAUCUCUUCCAUUCACUAGAAAACACAGAUGAUGAGCUCAAAUCAAGUGUUUGUAAACUGGUAAUGAGGAUUGGUGAGAUUGAAAAGAAGCUGGAGUCUCUGUCAGGGGUUCGCAGUGAGAUUUCCCAGGUGCUCUCCAAACUCAACAAGCUGGAUGAGAAGAUACAAGAUCCCGAGGCUAAUGGGAGACACGGGGAGACGGCCUCUGCAUCCAGAUCAAAUAGCACCCCUGACAAGCCACUCUCCCACCCACAUCCACAUCUCGACCUCACCCUCUCACCUCGUGUUUUCCAGUGCCACACCACUGGCCACAAUGUCAAAGCCGACAAUGGCCAGACAGGGAAUUUUUGCUGCUCAGAUCGGAGUAACAAUGAUUGUCUCAGAGUUAAGGCUCUGAAGAAGAGCAUGUUCAUCAGGAGGUCAUCUCACUCACUCAAUGAGGAGAACAGUGCCACUGAGUCAAAGGUUACCAGCAUCACCAACUCUCCACGGGACUGGAGGACAGUGUCCUAUUCCUGUCACCCUGGAGACGAGAGCAAGGACAGAGACAAAGACAUCAAGGAGAGACACCAGAGAGCCAAAGAGGCGGAGCACGAGCGCCAGUAUGUGCUGCCCCAAGACCACCACUUCCCUAAACCAAUGAAGGAGUCCUACCUGACUGAACAGGUUUUUUCACCACUCCCUUUCACCCCCUCUGUCAAGGCCCAUGUGAAAGGCAGCCCCCUGUACACUGACCUGAGGCUUACCAGCCUGUCAGAUGGCAAGCACAGCCAGCCAUCCUGGACAAUUGAAGAGUAUAAACACAAUUCAGCACAGAAGGGAAAGCACCUCACAGCUCUGGACCUGAAGACCCAGGGGUCCCUAACCCCCAGCAACCUGGAAUAUUGGAUGGAGGACAUCUACACACCAGGCUAUGACUCACUGCUCAAGAGGAAAGAGGCAGAGUUCAGGAGAGCUAAGGUGUGUAAGAUUGGAGCACUGAUUGCAGCUGCUGCCUGCACUGUGAUCCUGGUCAUUGUUGUUCCAAUCUGCACCAUGAAGUCAUGAGAAUAUCAGGAUGGAGGGGUCCAGUCUAAUAAAUGAUAAACUCUUGCUGUUGUCCAUUACUGUUUGUGGAUUUGUGUGUGUCCUGGCAAUAUAAAUGUGUUGGGACUUGACAAUGUCACUUGGAGGUUUUUUGCUUUUAAUGCAGUUAUUUAACUUCUGGUGGUCUUCCUUACCAGUAUAAAAUGCUUCUGACAGGUAAUGUGCUAACAGAAAUGAGUUCAGUAAGUGCAUAACUGUAUAUCCAUUAGUUUAACGGUUGUAGUUUACUGUAUUGUUCAGAACUGUGUGGUAUGUUGGAAGCUCACUGAUUUACUUGUCUGUCUUAAACAACUGCAGCAGUUGAUCUCUGAACUAAACUGGAUUUGCUUAUUGUAGCCAAUAUAUAUUUUAAUUUUUGUAUAAUUACUGUACAGUGUAUUAUGAUUAGUUAUUCUGAAAAUCUGGUUGAAUGUGAGAAUUUAUCUUCACCAGUAACAGCAAGCAUUUAAUGAAAUUUGUGCAUAUUUUUUUCUAGAUAGAAGUAUAUUGAAGUACUUUAGUUAACAAUAGAUAUACUGUAUUUAUACUGUAUAUAGAAUGCAGAUAGAGUAUAACUACACAGCCAAGCUUAAGAUAUUAACAUACUCUUUUCAUAGCCUGGUAUGCCUUUGUUUUGGUUCAGUAGAAAAUAACAAACUUAGGUUAGCCUAUUUAUAACCCAGUGCGUGUUAAAAAGUAAGUUGUUAUUUUUCUUAUUGUCAACAAAUCCCCGUCAUGUGUUAGUUCAUCCUUUCCAUACUCUCUGGCUUCAUUACUGACCUGAGGCACAUCCCCAAGCCCACUGUUUGUAAAUCUUUGCACAUAAAACACAAAUAUAAGAUUACAUCUCUAAAGUUCAGCAAUUUUAUAGAACAGCGGGAGUUUUAAGUUGAUAUUACUUAAACAGGGCACAUUUACAUAAAUACAUUCUGUGACUGUAGUAUUUCUGGCAGUAUAUGAAAUUAAGAAAAUGGGGUGGAAAAAGUUUGUAUUGCCAUAGUAAUGAAUGAACAUGACAACUAGUGCUAUUAUGCGGUUCACCAGCAACAGCAACAUUGUAGUGCUGCCAGAAUGCUCUGGAACAACACUCCACCACUUUUUUAUUUCUCCAAGAGGAAAAAGAACAGGCCUCCUGGCAUAAUCUGGUUAGAAUUCAUAAUGCUGCAUUAUUGUGAGUGCUUGAAGAUCCAGUUAUUAGUAGAGUACAAAAUGGACUGCUCUAAGUUGUGAUAAUAAAAUUUAAGGUGUGGUGACUGAUUCACAAUGUUACUCCAGUGGACAACUGGCACCUGCGAGUGUGUUUUGUCCAACCACAUACUGUAUAUGAUGACAUGGAUGGUUCAGACACAGUUUAGCAUCGACUACAGACUCCAUUUACAAAAGUGACAGAAUAAAACUCAGAUCAUCCAGACUGACAAACUAGAGCAUGAUCUCCAGGAAGGGCUGUGGAGACAAACACCAGAUGUGAUGAUCAGCAGCAGAAACAGACGUUACAUUUAAUUUCAGUGAUGCUGGGAUUUAAACAGACUGUAUUACCUGUGUACCUGUCAGUGAUCAGCUGUAGGUCUGUAUGACACAAGCAGGGUACAGGAUGGCCAAACUUUGGCACAUGCUGACUAGUCGCAGCCCUGUGCACAGCUGAUGUGUUCACUGUUGCUGGUUGACAUGUAAACCAACAUGAAGCAGGAGGAGCUCAGUGAAGAGUCAGUACGUUUUGGAGUCAGUUUAACACUGGAGGGGAGAGCAUCUAUGUUCUUAUAGAUUUAGGAGGCAUUUGAUGACUGGUCAUGACAAAUAGUGGGGGGAGGUGGGUGGACAAAUGUCCAUUUUUCAUCUUUUGGGAGGACACUGUCCCCUGUGGAGAUUGUACCCUGGUUCUGGCUACAACAUUCACCCUGUGACAAACGGCUCCUUAUUCAUUGUUAUUCUGCCACACCAGAAAAUAAAGUCAGUCUAACAUUAGAUGGUGUGAGCAAUUAUAGUUGCCACGGAAAAGUGUUUACAUGGCUCUCAAAACAGGCUACAACUUAACCGUCUGUGUGCACACACCUGCAUCGUGGGUGUGCUCCGGUAUUUCAUGAAAUAGUACUACACCUCUGAUAUUCACCAAAGCUAAAUGACAGCAAAGAAUCAUUUCUCCUGCAUCAUACACUGUAGGCUAUUGAGCAUAACCUUGUUCCAAGGCUUCUUCUCCAAUACUCUUUGUUUUUUAAGGCAUCACACAUCAAAAUUAAACCACCAUGUCUGCUUUGCACUCAAAUGCUCAUCUUAAAAUCCAUUAUUCCCAGUAGGAGCGCUUUGUCCAUCUUGACUGUGACCAUUUUGUUCCUGUUUUCACUGAGUAAAGUAUGAAUCCGUGAGCAACAGCUCAGCUGUUUGCCUGCAGCAAAACAUCCAGGUCUGCAAAGUGAUGCAGGACUUGUCUAAAGUGAAUAUCAAUGGCACCUGCAGGAUUAUAUUUCAUAGUACACACAAGAACUGCCUUUGGCAGCAUAAAUCUUGUUUUAAUGAGAAACCUGUAUCAUUACAACAAGAUACUUUGCUCGUUUUUACAAGACUUUCAAGUUAAAACAUUUUUCAUGCUAUUAUGACAUUCUGUAUUUUUUGUAAUAACAUGACCGCUGCACAUCUUGGAGUGAGUGCAGCGUGCACAUUGUCUUUGAGCAGCACCUCCAUAGUGUUAUACUAUGGAGGUAAUAAUAGUGAUAAAAGUAAGGUCUAGACCUUACUUUGUAAAGUGUCCUGAGAUGACUUUUGUUGUG